AUGCUUUCUUUCUUAUUAUUCUUAGCAUAUGGAGAUAUUCCACGAAUUGAGUUAAAGCUAGGGUACGGCGAAUAUCUUAUUUCGGAACUUUCUAUUGUUCAGCUUAUGAAUAAAUCGUAUUUAAAUUAUCAAUUAUCAGCAAUUUUUCUGAACAACGAAGAUUUUCAAAAUGUACCAAGAAAAGUAACUGGUGGUUUUGACAAUAUAUUCUCUGUUGUUAAACCAUGGAGGCCACCAACUGUUCUCAAAUGCAUUGUUUUUAGAAAUACUGGCGAAAAAGAAAUUAUGGCCAUCGUUGAUGGAGCUAACGAAUCAUACAAUACUAUAGAUAUGGAAAUAAUUAAUAAAAUUUCUACAAUUGUAUUCGUAAGUUCAACAGAAUUUAAUUAUAAAUUCAAAAAUACAACUAAAUGCAAUUUCAUGAUCGGACCAGAUUCCGAUAAAACAGAAGUGACAGAUGAUUUUGAUAUCGGAAAUCAAAAACUGUUUUUCUUACAAUGCAAACCAUCAAUUAUACAUUAUAAAGCAGAGAAAAUAAACAAAUCACAAGAAACUGAAGGAUAUGUUGUAGAUUAUAAAGAUUAUUAUAAUCAUGCAAUUAUAGGUGUGGAAGGUUAUGAAUUUCAUGAAGGAUUAAGACUUCCAAACUCUGGUAAAUACGAACUAGUUAUUGGCAAUGAAUCACAAACAAUUUAUCUAAGUAAAGACAGCAACAAAAAAUUCCUUGUCGUUUCUCAUCAAAACAAAAACGUUCUUAUCCAAAAUCAACAGACAAACCAAUGGUCAGACUUUCCAAACAUUUCAUUGAUGAAUGGCCAAUUGGUGGUUAAGUCAAAUUCAGGAAGUGUUCAAAGUCUUAAAUUAGUUAUCAUUGAAGGAGAUUAUUCUAACUAUUCUACCAUUGAUGUUGUUCUAAAUAUUGAAGAGAAUAAGCAACUUGUCGGAAAGAUUAACGGUGAUGAUCAUCUUCGUAUUUUAACAGUUUUUGCAUCAUGGGAUCCAAUUUCAUUUAAGCAAUAUUGGACAUAUGAUUGCGAACCAGGAAAUGAUUUUCCUGUAAGUAAUUUAUACACAAAAUAUCCUAUCGAUCCUUUUGGAACAUUUCAAGGAGUAACAACAAUUACUUUUGACUUCAACCCUCAAAAUCAGAUGGAUUUCAGUGUCUAUGAUUUUAAUAUAACAAGUGAAGUUUCAGAAGAUUUGAAUCGCGGAAUAUUCCACUUUGGAAAUAAGCCAGUUAUCAACGAAGAUCCAGACUAUCAAAAGUUCAAUUACACUUAUUGCAGUCAGCCAAAGAGUUUUCAUUACAUUUUAAAUACCAGUAGCCCGACUCAAUUAGUAGUGUUUAAUUUCUUAUAUGAUGGCGCACUUGGAUUGCUGACGUUUAAUUAUCCACAGACAGCUACCCUUAGUAAUGGAACAAAUCUAGAACCAGUGUACAUGCUAACAAGUCGUUCGAAGUUAGUCCUUAAUAUUAAACCUUUGUAUCCAACUUCUACAUAUUAUGAUAGAGGAACUUGCAUAAUUGAACAAAACAUUUCCCAAUAUACAGGUAUUGACAUAUUUUUCAAUGCAAUAGAUCUUAAAUUCACCUCCGAACAAUUUGGAAACGCAAGUCCCCUGAUAAUUCUCUUAUUCAGUGAAACGGUUACUUAUUAUUAUGGAAAUCCUCAAGUUAAAGAUGGAGAGUAUUUCAUAUUUAGGGCUCCACCUACUGUUUAUAAAAUAAAUGGAAACGUCCCUGAAUGGUAUAUAAGAAAGCGUUACUAUGUCCCUGGCUUUGAAUCAAGUAUUGAUAAACUUACUGAUUCAAUGUUUUUGAUGGGAGGUGAUGCAAGAUCAUUUGUUGCCACAAGUACUCCAUUCUAUAUUUACUGGUUUACAAUGACACGAGAUGUUGAUCACACAAGACCUAUUUUCAUGAAAACAGAUGGACUGAAUAUUACUAAAGGCCAAGGAAGGCAGUAUAUAGUUACAUCAGACUAUCCACAAGAAAUUAUUGUUUACCUUCAAGACUUUUAUACAAAUUCAUGGGGAAAUUGGAACCGUUAUGAAUUAAAUGGAGCAAUAAAUGUUAUUGAUGAUAUGCCUUUGUAUUAUGAAUUCGAUCCCAACAGUAGUGUUAUUUGCACAAUAUUUUCAAUUUAUAACUUCUCUGCAAUAAUAGAAGUAGUCAAUGGUAGUGUAGAUGUCGCAUAUUAUGGUAAAAUUAAUGAGCCAACAAAGCUUACACGAAUAUACUAUAGCGAUUAUCAUAGACAGACUACUUUCAAUGAUGUCAAUUUUAUUCAGUUUAAUUAUCCAGGAUCGGGCAUACUCAAAAUAAGCAAUAUAACAUUUUCUGAACCUAAUAUUUCCUACGAAGGAUACUUAAGUUAUGAAAACAUUUCAUUGACUCCACAUUAUAUACCUUCUCCAACUCCAACUCCUCUUCCUCCAACUGCAACACCAAUUCCACCAACACCAACUCCUAUCCCUCCAACACCAACACCAAAGACUCCAUCUCCAACAGAAAGCACUCCUGGACCAACAGAAACUAUCCCAACUGUGACAACAACAUCAUCAAUUGGUCCUUCUUUAAACACUCCAUCACCAACACAAGUAAUUCCUCCAACUCAAGAGUCAUCUGAAUCCGGAAAUCAAGACCCAGAUAAGGACAAAUCCGAUGACCAAAAAUCAAAUAAAGGAAAAGUAAGUGGUGGAGCAAUCGCUGGAAUUAUCAUUUUUCAUACUAAAAACGUAAAAAAAAGUUUAUUCAAGUAUUUUAUUUUUAAACAUAUUGAAUUAAGAGAUAUAAGUCAAGGCUUUAAAUGA